AUGUCCCCUAAGUCGACGGCACGGCAUGAGAGCCUUAACCCGCUCAAAAAUGAGUAUAUUCCGCCGGCGUAUUUGUCCAACUUGAGGAAGUACAAGUACUCCAGCACGGACUUAUCCAUAGUCAGCCGGUAUGUCCUGCAGCGGUACUGGAACUUCGUCGUGAAUCUUGUUCCCAUGACCAUCGCGCCAAACUGCAUCACGUUUACCGGAUUUCUCAUCGGCAUGUCCUCAACGGCCUUGCUGCUAUACUACUACUUCGUUGAGGGGGGCGUGUACCCCAGCUGGUCCUUAUACUACGCUGCCUUCGCGCUCUUCGCUUACCAAACCCUAGAUGCCAUUGACGGCAAGCAGGCGCGCCGCACCGGUACCGGUAGCCCGCUCGGCGAACUAUUCGACCACGGCUGUGACGCCUUUCUCACUCCGUUUGUGCUGCUCAACAUAAGCCUUGCCACCUACAUGGCACCGGUGGAGCGCUUCUGGCUGUUGACCAUCUCAUCCACGAGCCUGUUCACCGUUAUCUGGGAACAAUUCAGCACGGGGACGUUCGACCUGAGCUACGUAAGUGGCCCGUCGGAGGGCAUCAUCCUCAACUGCGUGCUCUUCAUCGUCUCCGGUGUGUAUGGCGAGUCUAUCUGGGACACAUCGGCUGUCGGACCGUAUGAUGUGGCAUACCCGCCAGCGCUGUCCCAGUUCUUUCCUGGCUGCAACGGCACCGUUCACAUCGAGUCUGUCCGCAGUGUUCUCUUUAUCUUUUUCCUGAUCUCAUGCCCUUUCACAAUGCUCGUGAACGUAAUACACGCGGUACUUCGGCCUACGGUGCACGCCUCCAAGGUGACGCCCAUGCUCGCGUUAGUUCCAAACAUGACCAUGACGGCGCUUAUGGUGCAUGUGUUUGUGGUAUUCCCCAACUUGACGGUGCGUUUUCCAUUUGCGAUGGAGAUCAGUUACGGCCUGCUCAUGUCCAUUACGGUAACGCGGCUGACGCUGGCGCGGCUCACCAUCAUGCCGUACAAAGCUGCGAAUUGGCACAUGGUUCUCUUCUUCGUUGCUCUGGCAGCGGCAUCGGCGAUGCACUACAUAGCGGAUGCCUCCGUUUCGCACGAUGUGGUGGAGACAGUUCUCGGUUGGACACUGACGGUGCUGUCCGUGUUCGCCGCCGUGCAGUACGGCCACAUGAUUCUCUCCGCGUUCAACCAAAUCUCCCGCUACCUCAGUAUCUCUAUUAUGACCAUUAAGCCGAAUAAGUCAGAUUAG